AUCAUUCUUAAACUUGUACGCACAACGAGCAGUAGCUCUGCGCACCUAAAAAAUAAGUUUAAAAAUUGUGCCUAGAAAUUUAAUGAACACAGUGAAAGGAGGAAGUUUAGUGAAAUAAUACUUCAAUCACCGAAAAAUUACAAGAUCCAAUUUCAUUAUCCAUUAAAGGCCACGAUUGAGUGUAAUCUAUAUUUAGUGUGUACAUCAAAGAUAAUCACUCCCAAAUAAUUGAAUUAAAGCCAUAUAAGAAGAUGUGGGAACCGCAAGUCGAAGACUUAAAAGAAAUAAUUACAGUCCUCAAACAGGCUCAGUCGCUGGAUAAAGCCGCUCAAAUAGCUGUUAAACAGAAACUAGAGGAAUUGAAUCAACAUCCCGAUUUUAAUAAUUACCUGAUUUAUGUACUGACGAAACUAAAAACUGAGGAUGAGCAAACACGUUCUCUAAGUGGUCUAAUUUUAAAAAAUAGCAUCUGGAUUCAUAGAAAUACUCUACCGCCAGAGAUUAUUGAAUAUAUCAAGCAUGAAUGUUUGCAAGCUAUCGGAGAUCCGUCACCUCUGAUAAGAGCUACUGUUGGUAUAUUGAUCACUACUAUCACCAGCAAUGGCCGUUUACAAUAUUGGCCCCAAUUACUUCCCUCUUUGUGUGACAUGUUGGACCCGCAGGACUAUAAUGUAUGUGAAGGUUCUUUCAGUACUUUACAAAAGAUAUGUAAAGAUGACUUGGGUGUAAUCAAUCGGUCUCUAUACAUGAUGAUUCCGAAAUUUCUUCAAUACUUCAACCACAAUAGCCCGAAGAUACGUUCACAUGCCAUAGCUUGUAUCAAUCAAUUCAUUGUGAACCGAUCACAGGCUGUGAUGCUACACAUCGACGCAUUCAUUGAAAGCUUAUUUAACCUAACGUCCGACGAAGAUUAUGAGGUAAAAAAGAAUGUAUGUCACGGGUUGGUGAUGCUGUUAGACGUUCAUAUGGAUCGUUUGCUGCCGCAUAUGUCACAAAUUAUUGAGUAUAUGCUCAUACGCACCCAAGACUCAGAUCUAAGUGUAGCAUUAGAAGCGUCAGAAUUCUGGUUAUCUCUCGCUGAACAGAAUAUUUGCAGAGAAGUGUUGGCACCCUAUUUAUGGCAGCUGGCUCCAAUAUUAGUACGUGGAAUGCGAUGCUCUGAAAUUGAUAUUAACCUGCUACACGGCAAUGUUGAGGAGAGCGUCUUAGUGCCUGACCUUGACGAGGACAUACGUCCUGAACUCCACAGAUCUUGUACGCACAAGUCGAAAUCUGACGAAAACAAUGUUGAUGAUGUGCUAGAUGAUGACAGUUCACUACCAAAAUGGGAUUUGCGCAAAUGUAGCAUCGUUACACUGACUGCGUUAGCAAAUGUUUUUCGGGAAGAAUGUCUACCUAUUUUUCUGCCCAUUAUCAAGGAUACUCUGUUUCCUCAGGAAUGGAAUAUCAAAGAGAUUGGAAUUGGUACACUGGGUGCUAUUGCCGAGGGCUGCAUGCAGGGUAUGAUCCCAUAUCUCCCCGAAAUCAUACCCUACUUGAUCAGUUGUUUGUCGGACCAGAUGGCAUUCGUUCGCUCUAUAACUUGCUGGACAUUAUCGCGCUAUGCUAACUGGGUAGUAAACCAGCCACAUGAUCAAUAUUUGAAACAGUUCAUGGAAGAACUACUAAAACGCAUAUUAGAUUCUAAUAAGCGAGUACAAGAGGCAGCUUGCUUCGCAUUCGAUACCCUUAUGGAGGAGGCUAGCACCGAAUUGGUGCCAUAUUUAGAAGAUAUAUUAAAAGCUUUAUCAUUGGCCCUCUUAAAAUAUCGAGAUACAAAUUUGCUUAUACUAUAUGACGCAGUUAGAACUCUAGCCGACUCUGUGGGUCAUCAUCUCAACAAACCACAAUACAUCGAUAUUUUAAUGCCUCCAUUAAUUGAAAAGUGGAAUUUCAUAAAGGAUGACGACAAAGACCUAUUUCUUCUUUUGGAGUGCUUGUCAAGCAUCGCAACAGUUUUACAAUCAGGAUUUUUACCUUACUGCGAUCUAGUUUAUCCGCGUUGCAUUUCACUUAUCGAACAGACGCUGAAUCAAGACAUGGCAUGUAAAACUAAUCCUGAUCUCGAGCAUCCAGAUAAAGUAAGAAUGAUUGGUGCAUUAGAUUUAUUGACAGGCCUGGCAGAAGGUUUGGCGGGACAUAUUACGCCACUAGUCGCCAACAGUAAUAUCACACAUUUAGUGCACCACUGCAUGAAGGAUGCAAAUAUAGACGUGCGAGAUUCGUCGAUCGGAUUGUUGGGAGCAUUAAUUAAAACCUGUUUCCAGCAUGUGUAUCCAUUCUUUGGAAAAUUGGUACCAAUUUUAUUUAAAAAUAUGUGUGGCCCUAACGGGUUGGCCGCUUGCCUCGCUUAUGGCGAAAUUUGCGAGAGAGUGACGGUCGAAGAACUUGAGAAGUACCCACGUGAAUGAACGUCUCUUCACUAUUGAACAUCAUUAUACCCGCGUACGAAACGAUUUCACACAGGGUGACAUCGCUAUAGGAGCUGAUUUUCUUUUUUUCUUGCGAUUUGGUGAUUUGUUUGUUCAGCAGAGAAUGCUUAUUCGUAAUCCACUUCCGAGCGAAUUUCAAUGCAAUUGCCAGAAACUUUCAAUGAAAUUCACUCUGAAGCGAAUUACAGAACCUGUCCGAUUGCAGAGAACGGCUGACUUCCUCAACGCAAAUUGCGCGGGAUAAGUACAAAGUCAAAUGAUCCUAAACAAAAAAGGUCGAUAAAGCGUAAUCGUAUGAAGUUCUUAAAUGCAUAAACCAUUCAUCACAGAUUUUUGUGAUAUAAAGCAUCGCAGUGAUAAACUGCAAAACGACGUUUAGGAAGUCAGCCAACGUUGAUUUAUUAGAGCUACUUGUAUAAAAGUUUUGAAUUUAAAAUAAAAAAGGAAGGAAACCUAAGAUAGCCUAUUUAUUUACUUUAUAACAUGAAAAUUCAUAUUCUUAUAUUAACGUAAGUACAAUAUAUUUCGGUGGCAAAUCGAUCAUGAAAUCUAUGCAUAA